AUGUUGGGAUUGAGCAUUCUGUACGUGCUUCUCUGGGGCAGUGUUGUGUACGGCAUAGUUCUGAAAAUUUACCUCGAGAAGAGCAGGGGCAAAUUCACAGGAAAGGAGCGCCUCGAUGGAAAAGUGGUGUUGAUCACUGGAGCCACACAAGGAAUCGGAGUUGAAGUUGCUCGAGAUCUCAUCCGUCGGGGCUGUCGACUCUGGAUAGCUUGCCGUGAUCUCAAACGUGGCCAGGAAGUCGCGCAGGAUCUAGGGGGAGACUGCAAACUCCUCCGGAUGGACCUGUGCUCCCUGACUAGCGUCAGGAGAGCAGCUCGACAUUUGAUAGAAAAGGAGCCUCGCCUCGACAUUCUCAUCAACAACGCGGCCGUCAUUCCCGCACGCACAAAUAUAUUUACCGAGGACGGCUUCGAAGCAACUUAUCAAACAAAUUAUCUCAGCGUGGUUUAUCUCACCUUACUUCUAUUCGAAAUCCUCCGGAAGAGUCCCUCUGCACGAGUUGUAAAUGUUUCCUCGAACUUACAUCACGUCGGAUUCUUGGGAUGCAUCUCGGAAGAUGCAACCAGGGAACAUUCGUGGUUUGAAAGCCCUCUACAGAUGUAUUCGAACUCCAAGUUCGCCCUCAACAUGGUGACGAAAGAGCUCGCGAAACUCUUCCAGCCUGAGAACAUCCAUGUUAAUACCGUGCAUCCCGGAGCGACGAAGACGAAAAUCACUCUCCAAGGAACCACAUCGAUGGCCUUAUUCUUUCAUUUCGUAUAUCAUCUUUUCGGGAAGAGUCCUGAGGAGGCAGCUCAAGCAAUCACUUACGUGGCUGUAAGCAAAGACCUAGAGGGUGUGACAGGCAAAUAUUUUGUCGACUGUGGUGUAGGAUGGGAUAACUGGAGAGUCAAUGACCCCGACAGACGAAGAAAGCUCUUCGAAGAUACAUGCCGCUUGCUUGAUUUGCCCUCACCGUAG